UCAAACUUUCUUCUAUCUACCUCAGCCGCCAGAUUCCAAUUUGCCCACCUCUACUGGCCGUGAUCAAGCUCAUGCAUUUGUGCUCACUGACAAUCACCAGAGCCAUAGGAAUUGUAUUGAUUCUUCCAGUCACCAGGUUUUAGAUUUCAUGGACCUUCAGCCAGAGGAGUCGAAUUUGCCAAUAGACUCUUCUAUUCAGCGGUCUGCAGGAAAUUUGCCACUGCAACAGCAUACGAGUAUAGGUGCAGGAAACGAUGCGAGUAUGAGAAGCAGAGACAGCCAGGAAUAUCAAUGUCGUCCUGAUGCCUCUCCAGACGCAUCUGAGCUGCUUCAAUCCCCUUGCUCAUACCCACUUCAAAUGGAGAUGGAGAGGAUACUAAAGGAGAGAGAACAAACUACAAAAUUGCAUGAAAAUCUGAAUUUGCUCCUGAUAUCUGAAUAUGAAAAAGAGCUAGAUGCAAUAAAGAAGAAGUACGAUUUGCUGUUUGAGAUUGCUGACACAGAAUUAGUUCAAAAGCACAAAGAUCUUGAUACACUCUACAACAAAGUGCAUAUGAAUAAGUUACUAGCUGAAGCCAUGACCCAGAUACAAAAUACUGCUUGGUCACUAGAGAUGACAGAAGGAACUGGACAAUCAUCACCAAGCCGACCUAGUAGUGACCCAGCAGUGACCCAGCAGUGAUUUCUGCAUCAACACAACCAGCAAGUCAAUCAUCAGAUGUUCUGAAGUAUCCAAGUUUAGUUUCUGAACAUGUCAACUCCGAGCAGCGAGCUGGGGACCAUCAAAUAUCCUCUCAGAAUUUUUCAAUGGCUGUCAUUCCAUCUCAAAAUGCUGAAUUGCCUAUAGUGACAGAGUCAGCUGCAGUUCCGCCAAUAAGUGCAAGGGUCACCCGGAAAACGACAACCUCUGCUAAUCUGCCGACACGUGGUUCACCUAUGACCCCAACACGAAACUUGCAGCCUGUCAUCCUCACACCAUUUUUACCGACUAGUGUUCCAAGUCAACUCUCGAUCCAAACUUUUAGUUAUGCGGCGAGCCCUGGAACAGGCUGUGUACUAAGGGCACCAGCUCCGCACCUGAGACAUUUUAGACCACUGUCAACAAUGAAUUCUUGGAAUUCCAGCCUGUUGCAGCUGUGACACUGAACUUUUAAUCAGCUGGCGAACAGAUUUGGUGAAUCACAAUACUUGGGUUAGCACAGACAAUAUAUUUGGUCACUUUGCUCUAUAUAUAGUGUUAUUAGGUUUUUGGUUGAUCUCUAGAAUGGUAGCUUGUCAAAUUUCUAGGAACCCCUGGCACUGGGUAACGUUUUCUUGUAGGUUUUAAACUUAGUUGCCUGAGUCCAUUUGUUGCAUAUAGCACUAUACAUGUAAAGUUUUGGCCUUCACCUUUUUGUUUCAAAAGAUAAUAGCUUCAUGCAUUUGAA